AUGUCUUGCAAUGGAACAGAUGAUAGUGAUACCAGUACAGCUAUAGAUCUCAAAGCUCCUAUUUUGGAGGUUAAAUGUGGGCAUUUAGUUGCAAGGUUACAUACUGAAAAAUUUGUUUGCCCAGGAAUACAUCAGCCAUGUAUUGAAUUGGAUGGUGAACUAAUCAGUCCAAAAGAAUUUACGAUACGUGCUAACAAAGACAAACAGAAAGACUGGAAAGGAAGCAUCCGUAUUGGGAAAUCGAAUAUGAGGGCACUGAUGGAAAUGAAAAGUUUGGACUUUUACAAUCACGAAAAUUACUGCAGCGCGAAAUGUCAGUCUCGUAAUUUUAUGUCGUUUAAAAAUCACUUGACAGAAGCAUAUUUAAACGCUGAUCUAUUAUAUGGAGGAACGUCUUCAUCUUAUGAAGAUGAUAAAAAGGGUAUCAUGAGCCUUUAUUCACAAGUGAAUGAUCGAGGGAAUUCAGUUGUUAAUGCUAUAAUGUCGACAUUUAUGAAAGGUCAAAAAUUUGAUGAAGAUCUCACUCCAGUAGAAGAUGAUACAGUGGGUUCUAGUAAUAGUGCGAUAAUGGUCAUGAAAAGCCAACCUAUCAAAUUUUGGGCUGGUAUGGAAGAAAUGGGGCUUUUGAGUGAUUUGAUGGAUGUUAUGAUGACUUCAAUGGAGCAUCUUCGUCGUCUUGCACUAAUGGGCCCUUCUCAGAGAGAUGCAGUUGCUGAGAGAUUGACUCGAGUUGCUGGAGCCUUGGAUCUGGAAGAAACUAUUGGUUCCAGAAUACAAGCAGAACGUCUGAAUUGUACUGUAGAAACAAGUUUAUUAAGCAACGAAAUACAGGCAGAACUGCAACGAAAAACCGAAGUGAGUUGGCGUAGAUUAGAGGAGUCACGUCGGAAGGCAUCACGCAUUGAUGAUUUAUUCUGUGAAGAUUCUUCGCCUGGUGUUCCUGAAAAACGUCGACGAUAUUCCACUGUAAAUUCUUCAGCAUAUGUCGCAGCAUCAACGUCUGGACCUACUUCUGCCACAGCAACUGCAACUGCAGCAAUCAUCGAUGAAAACAAUGGGUUGUCGUUGGUGGAUCAGUGA